CGACUUUUCAUUUCUAUUCUUGGUUGUUAAGAAAUCCAUUUCUUCUUCUAUUCCACUCUCUGCUUUGCAUUUUCAAAUUUCUACUCAUGAAGUGAAAACCCUCUCCUUAUUCUUGCUUUGAAACAAAACACAAUGAAUCAUUCAAGUAAAAAAAGAGUUACUUACUAUAAUGAUCACACCUUCAUAAACACUAUGUUUUCUUGGUCUCUUGAGGACAUUUUCAAUCAAGACCUUUAUCUCAACAAGGUUGAUAAUAUCGAUUUAUCAUUCAGUUCUGUUAAGCAAUAUUUCAAGUCAUUCGUGUAUCCUUUGUUGGAUGAAACUCGAGCUCAACUUUGUUCUUGUAUGGAAAUUUUAUCAAGUUCACCUUAUGCUGAAGUGAUUUCUCUUGAACAGUCUUUAUCACAUUCGUAUGGUAGUAAUCACUAUGUUGUUAAAACUGAUAGUUGGAGAAAUAGGUCCUCUGGUCAUGGAAAAGAGCUAUACAAAACAUUGUUUGGAGAUGUUUUUAUUUUGGCCGAUUUUAAACCUGAAACUGUUAAUGACUUACAAAGGUCUGGAAGGAUGUGGAGUUUUGUAUUGUCCGCCGGGAUUUUGGAUGAGGAGAUUAAGGAUGAUGAUGAUGAUUCUAAACUUAUGUCUACUUUUAAAGUGAUUGCAUCUGAAAACAUUGACAUUGAUGAAAUGGGGCAAAAAUCUUUGUUUAUUAUAUUCUUGACGAAUAUAACUCCUAACAAAAGAAUAUGGAAUGCAUUGCAUAUGAAUGGAGAUUCAAAGCUGAUUCAGAAAAUUUUAUGUGCUAGUGAUGUGGUUGAGGAAAGUUGUGAUUGCUGCUUUCCGAAGACUGAUUCCCUUAGGGACGAUGAAACAUAUCAAAGGUUGUCAUCUGAGUUGAAUGAGUCGCAAAACAAGGCGAUUUGUGCAUGUCUUUCUUCCGUUCAUUGCAAUCAUAAGUCUACUGUCGAUCUCAUUUGGGGUCCACCAGGAACGGGGAAAACAAAAACUCUAGGCACACUGCUUUUUGGUCUAUUGAAAAUGAACUGUAGGACUCUUGUCUGUGCUCCUACAAAUGUUGCUAUUAAAGAAGUAGCGUCGCGUGUCUUGAGCAUGGUGAUAGAAUCAUUCGAUAGAAAUUCCGAUGCUUUGUUCUGUAAUUUAGGAGACAUUCUAUUAUUUGGGAAUCAUGAGCGUCUCAAAGUUGGUGCAGAGAUUGAAGAGAUAUAUUUGGACUAUCGUGUCAAUCAGCUCUUAAUCUGUUUUACUCCUCCUGCUGGUUGGAAAUAUAGUUUUGGUUCAAUGAUUGAUCUACUUGUAAACUGUGUUUCCCAUUAUCAUAUAUUCAUUGAGAACGAGUUGAGAAAGGAACAAGACAAAAUUGAUGAUAAAAAUUCUAAUAAGGCAAAAGAUGACAACCCUUCAGAUUGUGGCGUGAAGACAUGCAAAUCUUUUCUUGAGUUUGUCAGAGAAAGGUUUCUUUCAAUAGCAUUGCCACUCAGAAACUGCAUUUCAGUCUUGUGUACUCAUAUAGGCAGAAGUUAUAUUAUGGAACACAACUUGAAAGGUUUGACCUGCCUUUUUCGCUCGCUCGAUUCCUUUGAAGCUUUGUUAUUUGAAAGUAAUAUUGUUUGUGAACUACUUGAAGAGAUUUUUUCUCCUCUAGAAAAGGAACAUAGUUCUCUUGAGUCAUUUGUAGGUGCUGAAUACUCUUUGCACCAGAGCAGAACUGUGUGCCUUUCUCUACUAAGAACCCUUGAAGUUUCGCUUGGUGACCUCAGCCUGCCAGAUGUUGUGACUGAAGAGUCAAUCAGAGAGUUCUGUUUACAAUCAUCUUCAUUAAUAUUUUCCACUGCUUCUAGUUCCUUUAGGCUGCAUUCUGUUGCCAUGGAACCACUAGAUAUUUUAGUGAUUGAUGAAGCUGCACAGUUGAAGGAAUGUGAAUCAAUCAUACCUUUACUACUUUCAGACAUAAACCAUGCUAUUCUUGUUGGAGAUGAACGGCAACUACCAGCAUUGGUUGAAAGUAGUGUUUCUUUUGAUGUUGGUUUCGGAAGAAGCUUAUUUGCGAGACUGAGCACGUUGGGUCAUCCAAAUCACUUCCUCAAUAUACAGUACAGGAUGCAUCCAGCAAUAAGUUCAUUUCCAAAUUCACGCUUCUAUUUGAAUCAAAUUCUUGAUGCAUCAAAUGUUACCUCAAAGAACUACAGGAAACAAUAUCUCCCGGGACAAAUGUUUGGUCCAUAUUCCUUUAUAAAUAUAAUUGGUGGCAGAGAAGAGUUUGAUGAUGCUGGACGAAGCCGGAAAAAUAUGGUUGAAGUGGCAGUUGUGAUGAAAAUAAUUAAAAAUUGUUUUAGAGCAUGGCUGGACUUAAAAGAGAACAUCAGUAUAGGUGUAGUGUCUCCAUAUGCUGCCCAAGUUGUUGCAAUUCAUGAUAUGCUUGGACAAAAGUAUGAUAAGAAUGAAGGCUUUGAUGUGAAGGUAAAAACAAUAGAUGGUUUCCAGGGCGGAGAGCAGGACAUUAUUAUAUUAUCAACAGUUCGAACGGGUUGCAGUACGUCACUUGGGUUCAUAUCGAGUCACCAGAGGACUAAUGUUGCUCUUACCAGGGCUAGGUAUUGUCUAUGGAUAUUGGGAAGUGAGAGGACCCUAGUAAGUCAAGAAAAUGUUUGGAAAGCUUUGGUUCUUGAUGCCAAAAAACGCCAAUGUUUCUUUAAUGCUGAUGAAGACGAGGAUUUAGCGAAAAGCAUCUGGGAGGCCAAGAAAGAACUUGAUCAACUCGACGAUUUGCUUAAUGCAGACAGUGUUGUUUUUAGAAACUCUAGGUGGAAGGUUCUUUUCAGUGAUAACUUCCUUAAGUCAUUUAAAAAACUUCCGUCGAAACGGACAAAGAAGUCGGUCAUUAGCCUCUUGCUCAAACUCUCCAGCGGAUGGAGACCCAAAAGGAUAAAAGUGGACUUGCUUUGUGGUAAUUCAUCUCAGAUGUUAAAGCAAUAUAAAGUGGAAGGUCUCUUUGUUGUUUGUUCAAAGGACAUAGUAAAAGAAUCAUUAUUCACUCAAGUUUUAAGGAUAUGGGAUAUACUGCCUGCAGAGGAUAUUCCUAAAGUAGUGAAGCGUCUUGAUAGUAUUUUUGGAAGCUAUACUGAUGAUUUUAUAAGUCGCUGCAGUGAGCAAUGUUUUGAGGGGAAGAUGGAGGUUCCAAUGACUUGGGAAAAAUCUAUAGAAAUAAUCAAAAUUAAGAACCUUGAUAAUAAUGGAAAUGAAGCUGAAUCAAGUUGUUCGAUCAAAGAAUUUAUGUCGAGAAUUCAAAGCCAUUUGCUUUCUGAUCGUAACAGUAAUGAACUGGAUCUUCCAUUUGAAGUAUCGGAUGAAGAACAUGACAUAAUUCUCUUUCCUAAAAGUACAUUUGUAUUAGGUCGCUCUGGUACGGGAAAAACCACUGUCUUGACCAUGAAGUUAUUUCAAAAGGAGAAAUUGCACCAUGAGGCUCUCGAAAAUGCAUAUGGAAAUAAGAAUGUUGAAGUUCCUUGUUUGAAUUAUGAUAAAGGGUAUAGUGACAGUUCUACUGUGAAUGAUAGGCCUGUGCUACACCAAUUAUUUGUAACCGUGAGUCCUAAACUCUGUCAAGCAGUUAAACAUCAUGUUGUUCGAAUGAAAAGAUUUAUAGGUGAUGGGGAUAUUUCCACAGAAAGCAGUUGUAUUGAGGAAGAUAUUGUCGACGUUGAUACGUCAAUACAGUUUAAGAAUAUACCGGAUUCGUUUGCUAAUCUUCCCGCCAACUCAUAUCCACUUGUGAUAACAUUUCAGAAGUUUCUAAUGAUGCUUGAUGGGACUGUGGGGAAUUCUUAUUUUGAAAGAUUUAGUGACAUGUCAUCUUUGAGUGAGAACCUUGGUGUAAGAACUGUUGCUUCGGAGAGUUUCAUAAGGAAGAAGGAGGUGACUUAUGACAGAUUUGAUUCAUUGUAUUGGCCACAUUUCAAUUCCCAAUAUACCAAAACGCUAGAUUCAUCAAGAGUGUUCACUGAAAUCAUAUCUCAUAUAAAAGGGAGUAUUCAAUCUGUUCAGCCUGGUGAAGAGAAGUUAAGCCGUCAGGAAUAUGUUUCCUUGUCUGAUAAUCGAGCUUCGAGUUUAAGCAAGCAGAAAAGGGAGAUCAUAUAUGAUAUUUAUCAAAGUUAUGAAACAAUGAAGAUGAAUAAUGGGGAUUUUGAUUUGGCUGAUAUGGUUGCUGACCUGCAUCGUCGAAUUAGGAUCACCAAAUAUAAGGGUGAUGAAAUGCACUUUGUGUAUAUUGACGAAGUGCAGGAUCUAACCAUGAGUCAAAUUGCUUUGUUUAAAUAUGUGUGUCGAAAUGUAGAAGAGGGCUUUGUGUUUUGUGGGGAUACUGCACAAACGAUAGCAAGAGGAAUUGAUUUUAGGUUCCAGGAUAUCAAAUCUCUAUUUUACAAGAAAUUUCUGCUGGAACCAAAGAGAAGUGUUAAUAACCAAGGAAAGGAGAAAGUGACGGUUUCUGCAACAUUUUUGUUAAAUCAGAACUUUAGGACUCAUGCUGGAGUGCUGAAGUUAUCCCAGAGCGCCAUUGAGCUUCUUUUCCGUUUUUUCCCUCAUUCUAUUGAUGUUUUGAAGCCUGAGACCAGUUUAAUAUAUGGGGAAGCUCCAGUUGUUCUUGAAUGUGGAAGCAGAAAGAAUGCAAUUGUAACUAUUUUUGGCAAUACUGGACAUGUUGCCGGGAAAAUUGUUGGCUUUGGAGCCGAACAAGUAAUUUUGGUACGAGAUGAUUAUGCUCGAAAUGAAAUUUUAGACUAUGUUGGAAAACAAGCUCUAGUUUUAACUAUUUUGGAGUGCAAGGGGCUUGAGUUUCAGGAUGUAUUGCUGUACAACUUUUUUGGCACUUCACCUUUGAAAAAUCGAUGGAGGGUGAUAUAUGAGUACAUGAGUGAACAAGAUAUGUUUGAACCUUCAGAAUUGAAAUCUUUUCCAAGUUUUAAUGAUUCCAAACACAAUAUUUUGUGUUCUGAGCUGAAACAGCUAUAUGUGGCUAUAACUCGUACAAGACAAAGAUUGUGGAUUUGUGAGAAUGCAGAGGAGUAUUGCAGACCCAUGUUUGAUUAUUGGAAAAGGAAGUGUCUUGUACAAUUCAAAGAACUGGACGAUUCACUUGCUCAGGCAAUGAAAGUUGCAAGUACUCCUGAAGAAUGGAAGUCGCGUGGCAAAAAGCUAUAUUAUCAAAAUAACUUUGAGAUGGCAACAAUGUGUUUUGAAAGAGCAGGUGACUCUUAUUGGGAAAAGAAGUCUAAGGCUGCUGGUCUUAGGGCCAAUGCGCAAACCGUUCAUGACUUGAAUCCUGAGGAUGCAAAAGCAGUCCUUAGAGAAGCUGCUGAAAUUUUUGAAGGCAUAGGAAUGGCCGAGUCUGCUGCCCAGUGUUUUUCUGAUUUGGGGGAUUAUGAAAGAGCUGGGAAGCUUUACUUGGAAAAAUGUGAAGAGCCUGAUCUGAAAAGAGCAGGGGAAUGCUUUUAUUUAGCUGGUUGUUAUGAAAUGGCAGCUCAAGUGUAUGCCAGAGGAAGUUUCUUCUCAGAUUGUUUGAAUAUUUGUGCAAAAAGUGGAUUGUUUGACGUUGGCUUAUAUUACAUUCAGCACUGGAAACAAAAUGAAAGUGCUGACCCUGGUUGGGCUAAGAGUCAUGAUCUGUAUGCAAUUGAACAAAAGUUUCUGGAAAAUUGUGCCCGCAAUUAUUUUGACAAGAAAGAUACGAAAUCAAUGAUGAAAUUUGUUAGAGCUUUUCAUUCAAUGGAUUUGAAGCGUGAGUUCUUACAAUCAUUAAGCUUACUUGAUGAGCUUCUUGAAUUAGAAGAAGAAUCGGGCAACUUUAUGGAGGCAGUAAACAUUGCUAAGAUGAUUGGCGAUAUUAUUCGUAUUGCUGAUCUGCUUGGAAAAGCUGGUGAACUCUUGGAAGCUUAUGAACUUAUGUUUUUCUAUGUAUUUGCAAAUUCUCUUUGGUUUGGGGGAAGCAAAUCAUGGCCUUUAAAAAAGUUUUCACAGAAGGCCGAGCUUUUGGGAAGAGCGCUGACAUUUGCAAAGGAAGUGUCAAGCAGCUUUUAUGAGCUUGCAUCUACAGAAGCUGAAAUACUAUCAAAUGAGCAUGGUAGCAUUUUUGAAAUAAUGAAUAAUUUGAAAUCUUCUCGCAUCCAUGGGAGUAUCAGAGGGGAAAUAUUAUGUUUGUGGAAACUGUUGGAUUGUCAUUUUAAGCUGAACUCCUCUAAGGUGGUAGUUAUGAUUCUUGGUAUAGCUAAUGUAAAAGAUGAACUGCUAGUGCAAGUGAUGACAAAGUUAGAAGAUAACAUACGCUGGAAAGAUUUCAUUCAAAGCUUACGGAUGUAUUCAGAAAGUGUAAAUUUACCAGGCAAUAAAGUGGUUUUAGAGUUACAUCGCAUAUUUAGGCUUUCCGAGGCAUUGCAAUACAUCUGCAGUGUGAAUUGGAUACGGGAAGUUGACUAUAUAUCUCCGAGUUGCUUUAUGUAUCUUAUUGAACGGCUACUGCUGAUGACAUCAUCUUGGAAGGGCUUCAUUUAUGCAACAAAGUCAUCUUUCACUGAAUGGCUUAUUUGCCAGGAUGAAAAUUCACUGUCAAAUUUGAGCUUUAUGGCAGAUGUAAAGCCAGACAUGAAUGUUAUCCUUGAUUUUAUCGCGAAUAUCCUCCGUGAGUUUGUUUAUGAUCAAAACGGUACUAAAACCUGGAUUGAAAAAUCAAACUUGAAAGUGAAGAAUUAUUUUCCAUCGCUUCUCCUGCGAUUGGUUGUUUCAAUGUGCUUGCUUCAUCUCAGCUCUGGGAGUGGGAAGUAUUUACAGUUACUUCGCAAUUUGUUGGGGAAGGGCUAUAUAACUUCUCAACUGCCUUUGGAAUUUUACAAUGUUCUUCACAAAGGAAAGAAAAACAUGAGUUUGGAAGUCUUUGCUGAGGCAUUUAAAGUAAUUGGCAACCCCUUGGUAAUUGUCAGGCUUCAGAACAACUCUUCAGAAAUUGUGUGUUCAGAUGCUGUGCUUGUGGAUUUAGCAACAUGCCAAAAAAGAGAGCUCAUAUUACAAACAUUAUUUCCUAGUAGAGUUGACAGCAUCGAAGGCGAAACUGCAGCAGUAAUAACAGAACCCUCUGAUGCUGCAUCUAAGAGCUCUGCUUCUGUUUCUGAUCUGGCAUCAGAUGGACAGAUUAAAGAUGGAAUCAACAUAUCUAUGAAUGCUGAUUGCUUCUGGGAUUGGUUGGAAAGUCUAAAGUCACAGACCGAUGUAUCAUGCAUCAGUAGGAUUUCACCUAAUUCUAUAAUGAUAAAGGAUUUUUUGGAUCUUUGCAUUCAUGUUUUAACGUUGUCAGUACAAGACCCUGCUAAGCUUGGAAACAAAAAUGAAUUGGGGGAGUUGGUGAAUUUACUUGAUGAAAUGAAGCAACUUCAUACCGUAUUGAGCAUGAAGGAUUGGAUGACUGAGAAGCCCAUUCCAAUGGAACUCGCAAAGAAAAUUCUUUCGAGACGAUCCAAAGUAGCGCUCAUUUUGAAUCAGCUGCUUCUGUCUUGCAAAAAGAAUAUCAAUGCUGAGUCUGAUCCAUCACAAACCAGCACUGCAGCAGGAAAUGAUGAGCAAAAUGUUUUGAAGGAAUCAAAAGAUAAUGUGUCCAAGAACUCUGAAGGUGAAGAUAAUUCAAAACAGGGAAAUGCUAGGGAAAAUAGCAAGGGGAAGAAAAACAAAUCCAAGAAACGCAAGGGAGGGAAAAAGGGUAAGAAGUGAAAAUGCAUUAAUGAUAAACUUGUCGGGUCUUUUGUACAUGCAAUUGCUGUGGUUAAUUUGUAUUUAUGCAUUUCAAACUAUUUGGUUUUGGUAUUUCCUGAUUAUGAAAUCUUUGCAGUAAACCUUUGAAAAGUAUUUUGAUGAUUUAUUGUUAUGAAAAAGUGUCAUUUUGUCA